CUUGUUAAGCACAUGGGUCAGAAGGAAACCACAUAAACGGCCCUCCUUCUCUCUAGCUUCAGCUUCAGUUGUCCUUCUAACUCUCAACUUCUCUCUCCACAAUGAAACUAUCCCUCAAGUUUCGCAACAACAACGAUGGACAAAAUCUACAAACCACCCAAACCCAAAUCAUGACAGCAAAACUUCCCAUUACCGUAUUCAACAACCCUUUACUUUCAACCAUCACUGCCACAGGAAAUUCAUCUUCCGAUUUUUCAUUCUCACUUUCAACUAACUUCCCCUCUGGUCCUACUUUCAAACUCUCUUACUCUCCAACUUCUUCUCUUCCUUUCUCUCUCAACCUCAAAUCAGGUUUAGGUUUUUUCGGUUCACCUCGUCAUUCCCCUCUCGUCUUCUCCGCCAAUUUUCAACUUUCUAAUCUUUCCUCUUCUACCCCUCUUCUUCUUCCUUCUUUUUUUUUACACUUUAAACCCCAAUUCGGUCAUUUCUCACUUCAUAAAACGGUUUUCUCCGAUUCCGAUUCUAACACUAUCCCACUUUCUGUUUCGCCUCCAAUUGAAAAGGGUUUUGUUCCUCUCAAUGAUGGGUCUUGUUCCGGGUGGCAAAAUUUGAACUUGGAACCAUUUGGUCAUAAAGAGGACAACGGUAGCAACAAUAAUAACAACGUUUUUGUUGGCAUAGAUAGUAAGAACAGUCCAAAAUGUGGUCUUUCGCCUAGUUUUGGUGUUAUGGCUAGGACGGUUAUGCCGGUGACACAAGGUUUGUUGUUGAAUUUUCGUUGGGGUGUGAAUUUUCCGGGGAAAUCGGGGUUGAAAAUGCCGUAUCUGAUAGUGAAUAAAAUUCGGUUGGAGAGAGUUGAGGAAGUGAAGAAUGAUGAGAGGAACAGUGAUAAUUGUGAAGGCGAUUUGAAGGUGCUGAAGGGUGUGAAAAGGGACUUGGAGAAUGUUGCGAAGGAAAAUAGGGAGUUGAAGAGAGUUUUGGAUGAGAUGAAAAUGAGAGUACUUUCUAGUCGAGAAAAGAGCAAUGAGAAAGUUGGAAACAAGGUUCCACAGAAGCAGCAUUUGGGUGAGAAUGAGAGCUUCAAGAGUUGGGGAAGUAAUAAGAAUGAGAGACAAGAGAAUGAGAAAAAACAAGGAAAUAAGUCUCAGAAUAUUGUAGUAGUGAGUGAUUUGGAAUCUGAAUUGGAAAAAGCUAUAAAAGCUGUUUCUUCUUAACAAAGGUCAUUACUCAUUAAUACUACCACUUUUUCGUUGUUUUUCAAUAUAGUGGUAGUAGUAGUAGUACUUUCUAAGUUUGGCUACCUUGCCUUGUUUGUUGUAGUGACAUUUUAUGUCAUGUGUGUAUAAAAUCACAGCAUUCGGCUUAUGUUUCCUGUUUAUUGUUAAUAAUAUAUAAUAGAGAAUUGAUUAAUGACACUUCUAUAUGGUAGUUGAAUUGAAGGAUAUAAUAAUCAGUGAUUACUGAUUAGGCCUGUUGGUUAGAUAAGUGUAAUAAUCAGAUUAUUUGUGUUCAGUAAAAAGGAUGUGGGGAAUCUUGUUAUUUUUGUAA